AUGAAAAUCCUCUUUAUCGGCGCGUCAGGUUCUAUCGGAGGCGAAGCUCUUCGUCAAUGCCUAGCUCAUCCACAAGUUACUUCAAUCGUAUGCUUUGUGCGCCGCUCGCUCCCAUCCGACGUUUCAAACAACCCAAAACUCCAAACUGUCAUGAUCAAAGACUUUUCUGUCUGGCCAGAAGAUGUCCUACUCCCUCAUGUUGACGCCGCUGCCAUGAUUUGUGCUAUGGGCUCAUACCGGGGAAACGUAAGAGUAGACAUGGAAUACCCUCUUGCUUUCCAAUCCACAUUUGCGCCUCUUCUAGAGAAGCAACCAAAAAGACCGCGAUUCCGCUUCAUCCACCUCAGCGGCAAGUUUGUGAUUCAAGACCAAGACGCAAAGCUAUGGGUCAACGACUACCCUCGCAAAUUAAAGGGUCUAUGUGAAGUCCUGUCCAGAGAAUUGGCAGAGGAGCACGCAUCUGUCUGGCGAGCCUUGGUGCUUCGACCAGGUGGUGUGAUUACGCAAAAAUUGAUGAUUCCAGGUAUGAUUGCAAGGGCGAUAUUAGGCGAUGAUUGGGCAGUGUUGAAUCGAGAGCUGGGUGCGUAUUUUACGUAUUUGGCUGUCAGUGAAGAGAGUGAACCUGAGGGGACAUUCUUGAUCGAGAAUAGGCGUAUCGUUGAGGGUGGAAGGAAGUUUUUGAAACGUCAAGCAUCGAGUUAG